AUGAACAAUCAGCAGGGUUACUACCAACAAGGUCCACCACAGCAAGGCUACUACCAACGGGGUCCUCCACAGCAGGGCUACUAUCAGCAGCAGGGCCCUCCUCAAGGUGGAUACUACCAACAACAGCAGCCCAUGUAUCAACAACAAGCUCCUCAGAAAGAAGAAGGUGGCUGCUGCCAAUGGUGUAUGGGAGCACUAUGCUGCUGCUGUCUCCUAGAACUGUGUUGCAAUUGA